AUGGAGAUUGGGACCAAUCCUCAGGAAAUUGUUAAACUUCCAUCAACAAUACACAAAUGCCAAGAUCUAAAAGAUAUAAUCUCAGUAGUUUGUCCGCAACUGGAUGUGGCAAUGACAUCGACUGCAACAUUUUUAACUGAACGUACAAUUCUUUCUGCACGGAAUGAUGAUGUUAAUGCUAUCAAUACUGCAGCAUUGAAUAUUUUUCCUGGUAACACAUAUACUUAUUUGGCAGCAGACAAGAUGUCUGAAGAUGAUGAAAUUGAUCAUCCUCCUGGGCUACUAGCUUUUAAGGUAGAGUUGAAAGUGGGUUGUCCUAUAAUGUUGUUAAGAAAUAUUGCACCAAAAGAUGGACUAUGCAAUGGCACAAGAUUGAUGGUUUCUAGAUGUAAUACUCGCAUAAUUGAAGCUCAAAUUUUAACUGGAGAAAAAUGUGGCAAUUUGGGUCGCCGGUGGGCUCAAUCAUUUGGGCUUGGGCUUGAGGAGCUUGGUCCAGUUCGCUCCAUUCACUAG